AUGGCUAGACCAACAGAGCAGCGAGCUCGUGCAAUGCCUAGACCAGAAGAGCAGCGAACUCAUGCAAUGGCUAGACCAACAGAGCAGCGAGCUCAUGCAAUGGCUAGACCAACAGAGCAGCGAGCUCCUGAUAUGCCCAGAUCAGCAGAGCAACAAGCUCCUGCUAAGCGCCCCAGACUAGCAGAGCAACAAGCUCCUGCUAUUCCCACACCAGAAGAGCAGCAACCUCUUGCUAUCCGCAAGGCAGUACGACCCACUGAGGCGCCCACCAUUCUGCCAAAGAAUCCGUCACUUGUAGACGUGGUGAAGCAAGCCAGAAUAGAGGAACCGAAAGACGAUCAGCUGGCAAGAAAGGGCAAGCUGCAAGAUUUAGCACAAAAUAGGCUGGAAGAUCAUAUCAAGAUGACGAUGGACGCUGAUAGAGCAAAUGCUCGUUAUAUUGCCUGCAGAGAAAAGUUUAUGGGCAUUUGCUCGUUUAUCGAGGAAGCCGAGAAGCUCCACCCAAAUAUGCCCGAUUUCGAAAUUCUUACGAAAGCCAAUUCUUUAAGAAGGGAAAAGUUGACUUAUUUUGGGUUUGGCGAUAAUGAAGUUGACGUUCUCCUACAGGUUGAGGAUAUUGUCAAUUCUGAUAGGACCGAAUACGCGGCUUUUUUUAAGCGCAAGAUAACUACCGAAGCCAAAGGUCAGGCACUCUGUCAAAGCUGCAUCCUCAAAGAACGGGGAUACAGUCCAGAGAAGAGAAAGGGGAAGGAGGCCGCAUAG